AUGAAAAUAAUUGUGAAAUCUGCAUAGAAGGCUAUAGCCUAUUUAAUGAUCCUGAUGGAAAUUAAAGAUGCUAAAAGUGCUAAAGUGAUAAUCAAACUCUGGUACAAGAUAUUUUAAGUUCAACACCAAUUAAAUGCAAUUUUACCUUUGACACCUAAAAAGGUAAGCCUAGUCAGUAAUAUACAUUGGCAUGCAAAGAUGGGUUUGUUGAUCAUCUAACAAACCAAUGUACAACUAAUUGUGGUCUUGGAAGAAUCAUAUUCAAAAACUACAGGCAAAUGCAUUUAAAAAUCUGGAUCUACUUAAAUUACUCUUUAUGUUGACAAUGUUCUUGGAAAGUUUACCUUAGAUUAGACUUCUGGUUUGACUCUAGAUGAUCCAUUCUUUUCAUUGAGGUUUAGAGAUAAGAAAUGUUGUAUUUGA